UCUUGCUGCAGUGAGUGGCUCGCCGGGCUCGCCCGUGCUGAGCUGCAGUGCCGUAGCAGCGCGCAGGCACCCCAGAGAGACGCGCCGGCUCCCUCUUUUCCUUUUUGCAAGGCAAGGGGGGGGGGCAAAGCCGGCGGACCGACCUACCCCUGGCGGCCCCCCUGCGCUUUCCAAAAGCAGCCCCUUCCUAAUAAAGCGAUGGGGCUCGGGCGCGCCGGCCCGCUCCUUCUCGCCCUAUAAAUACGCGCCCUGCAGAGAGAGCAAGCUUUGGUGGCUCCUGCCCCGGACUGCCAACCGCCCCCAAACCCCAAAAGCGGCAGCGGCGGCGGCGGCAGGGAAGCCGGCGAAGGAGCCCCGGAGCAGCCCUCCCACCUCGCCAAACCCGGCAAGAUGCCCCGAGUAGACGCAGACCUCAAGCUGGACUUUAAAGAUGUCUUGCUUAGACCUAAACGAAGCAGCCUCAAAAGCAGAGCAGAGGUAGAUCUUAUGCGUACCUUCACAUUCCGUAAUUCUAAGCAGACCUACACGGGAAUCCCUGUUAUUGUAGCAAACAUGGAUUCUGUGGGAACUUUUGAAAUGGCACAAGUUAUGACUAAGCAUGCAAUGUUUACUGCUAUACACAAGCAUUACUCUCUGGAAGAGUGGAAACUGUUUGCAAGCAAUCACCCAGAAUGCCUUGAGCAUGUAGCAGUGAGUUCAGGCAGUGGAGAGUCUGACUUUGAGAAACUGACAAAGAUCAUAGAGGCCAUUCCACUUAUCAAGUACAUUUGUUUGGAUGUGGCCAAUGGUUAUUCAGAACAUUUUGUGGAGUUUGUGAAAUCGGUCCAUACCAGAUUCCCAAAUCACACCAUCAUGGCAGGUAAUGUGGUGACAGGAGAGAUGGUAGAAGAACUUAUUCUGUCUGGAGCAGAUAUUAUUAAAGUGGGAAUUGGACCAGGAUCUGUGUGCACGACUCGGAUUAAAACUGGUGUGGGCUAUCCGCAGCUGAGUGCAGUGAUAGAGUGUGCCGAUUCCGCUCAUGGACUGAAAGGGCAUAUCAUUUCAGAUGGAGGUUGCAGCUGUCCAGGAGAUGUUGCCAAAGCUUUUGGAGCGGGAGCUGAUUUUGUGAUGCUUGGAGGAAUGUUUGCUGGGCAUGAUCAAUGUGCUGGAGAGAUCAUAGAAAAAAAUGGCAAGAAAGUGAAGCUUUUCUAUGGGAUGAGUUCCGACACAGCUAUGAAGAAGCAUGCAGGAGGCGUUGCUGAAUACAGAGCUUCGGAAGGCAAAACAGUAGAAGUGCCUUACAAAGGGGACGUAGAAGACACCAUCCGUGAUAUCCUUGGAGGGCUGCGAUCUACCUGCACUUAUGUGGGAGCUGCCAAACUCAAAGAGCUUAGUCGAAGGACAACAUUUAUUCGGGUAACUCAACAGCACAGUGAAGUCUUUUCUUAGCCACAGAAGAAAAAGUUGAAAGAUUUGGGAGCUGCCAAAAAAAUGCCUGCUCCUCCUUUUCCUUUAAUUUGCAUUGCAAUACAGCUUCCUGCUGGCCUGUUCCAAGCUAGGAAAGAAAGCAGGUUGAUUGCUACCAGAGUCUGUUGUAGCAGUAGGGUUAAGCCUACAGAGGGCAAGCCAUAAACUGCAGCAGUGCCCGUAAUUAUUUUUAUUUUGUUCAAGAUUUAAAAAGCACUAUCUUUUUAUAGCCUUGUCUAUUUAAAAGAGAAAUCUAGUUUAAUCUAUUAAUGAUAAUCUAAGGAAGUCACCUAGAUUGCAGAUUCAUAAUGUAUCAGUCUUUGUUGGAAUAAUUCCUGUUACCAGUGUAAAAGUGAACUCAACUGAAGCUCUUAUGGCCAAACAACCAUUUACUGCUGCUCUUGUAACAUGGUGCGGAAGAAGAACAAGAGGGCAAUUUCCAGACUAAAAGAUGCUUGCAUGGCUGUUGCUCCAGGAUGUCAGCUAUGAAGCUCUAGAACUUGAAAAGCUGCUGUUUUAUUUUCACUGUGACAUCAAGUACUGGAUUUUAAA